CCUACAGCUGACAAGGAAAACAAAGAAAGGCAUGUUUUUCCCUCCCACUCCCUGCUCAUUGUCGGGAGGGGAAAAUCAAACAUUCACUGUAUGUUGUUUAUUCAGUUCACACACUAAACGUCGAAAGAACAUCUGAAGGCGCACUUAGGGAGGGAUUUUAUAGAAAGAUCCUGAGUUGGUGACUGGACUGUGAGAUAUUACAAUAAAGAAGAACACUAAAGAGAAGAAGUCCAAAGUAAUCACAGGAAAUCAAGAAACUCUGUAGAUGGCUGAUGGUCUCUCCACCUUGUGAUUGCUGGACCCUCCUCUAGUAUGCUCAAUCUCAUCAAGCUACCUGAAGUGUUCACCAUCAACCAAGUUCCAAAAGUCUUCCAUGAGGAUGGCAUCAUUUCAGGGUAUCGCCACCCAUGCAGCUCUGCCAAAGACUGUGUGCUUAGCCUUUUCCAGCUAACAAAUGAAACCCUCAAUAUUUGGACUCAUUUUCUGCCUUCAUGGUUUUUCUUAUGGAAACUGACAGUAGUACUAGUGCAGGAUGACUGGCAGGAUCCUUUCACCUGGCCCUUGCUGGUGUUCCUUUUGUCAUGCUGUGUGUACCCACUCGCUUCCAGCUGUGCUCAUACCUUCAGUACCAUGUCAGAGAGGGCCAGGCACAUCUGCUUCUUCUUUGAUUAUGGAGCACUCAGCUUCUACAGCCUUGGUUCUGCCAUCACCUACUCUUCUUACUCAUUUCCAGAUAAAUGGGUCAAUAGCACAUUUCACAAAUACUAUGUUCCUAUAGCUGUUGUCAAUUCUGUUAUCUCCACUGCACUGGCCUGCUACUCAAGACUUGGUUUACCAUUUUGUCAGUAUAAUUAUCACGGCAUUAAAAGUUGUUCUGGAAAAUUAGAUCAUAAACUCAGUAAAUGUCUACGGAUAAUCGCCUUUAUCUAUCCAUAUCUCUUUGACAACAUCCCUCUCUUUUAUAGAAUCUUUGUGUGCGCUGGUGAGGGUUGCACUAUUAAUGAAGCCAAUACUGUUCACUAUCAGCACACGUCACUGGCUGUCCUCACUGGCUUUCUUUUUGCCACACACCUGCCUGAACGCUUGGCUCCUGGCAGUUUUGACUACAUAGGUCACAGUCAUCAGCUCUUCCACGUGUUCGCUGUUAUUGGCACGUAUUUCCAGAUGACUGCCAUUGAACUUGACAUGGCAGCACAAAAGCAGUGGCUUCAUGCUCAUUUGCCACCAGUCACCCUUUCAGACACUGUGGGAGCUGCAUGCUUUAGUGUGGUCAGCAGCCUUUGUAUUGUAUAUGUCUUUAGUCUGGCACUUUUCUCCACAAGAGGUGUAAAGGACAAAUUAAUUUGAAUUGUGACAUUUGAUAAGGAUGCUCAGUGCAGCUAACUAAGUUAGUUUCCCUUAAAACUGAGUAUAUUGUAUAUGUAGCCAUGUGUUCAAUGGCAACAAUUUCAUGAAGAUUUUAUGUAAAUUGGAAGAGUAUAAGACUGUAGAAUUUAUGAUUAUUUUGUAUGUUUGAUUCAUGUUUUUGUAAUGUGUAUCAUUUUUCUCUACUUCUAAUCACAUGCUUAACAUUUGUACAAUUUCAAAGCACAUUUCCAUGUUUUUGAAGCACAUGAAUCAAACUAUAUUAUCCUUGUUUUUGCAUGUGCCUUUUUAUAAUCAGUCUUUUUGAAAACUGUAAAACCUUAUGUGUACAAUCUUUCUUUCUUAAUAAAUAAAUCUUGUUAAUA